GCCCGACUUAGCGCCUAUCGAAGACGGCGCUCAACGUCCGCCCUAUCGAUUGGCUUACGGAAACGCCAAACCGCCGUCUCUGCGCCUACUACCAUGUCUGAAGACGGUCUCGCUUCAUUAUCUGAGUUUCCAGAAGAUGAUACCGACAUCCAGUCUGCACGAUUCGCCUUUAGCGACGCGGACGUUAUCGUCUUUCGCUCCACAGAUGGUACCUUGUUCAACGUCCACCCUUGCAAUCUGAGGUACACAACGGAUGGUCCGCUGGCCGAAGACUUUCACGCCGUACCCGGAGAAGAAGUCCAGCUUCCAGAGGAUGCAGCGACGCUGGAAAUGCUAUUUGGAUUUGUCUAUCCCAACAUGCACCCGUCUCUCGUAGAUAUACCGUUCUCGAAGUUUGCAGCUGUCGCGGAGGCGGCGGAAAAGUAUCAUGUAGCGGCAGCUAGAACCUUGUGUCGCGCCAUCAUCCGAUUAUCAGCGCUGUACAAGGAUCAUCCACUCGAGAUACUCGACUUUGCGUUCCGCCAUGAUCAUCGCGACCUCCUCGAUCUCGCAGCUCCCUUCUCUCUGAGAGAAGAGGUAGAAACGGCUCGACAGGCGCUAUCCUUGCCCAUAUUCUCCGCCUGGGUUGCCUACCGAGAAGCGUUUAUCGCUGCAUUUCGAUGUGCCAGCAUACGCUUCAAUGACCGUCACGGUGACGGCGGAAAGACAUGUAUGUACUGGCCUGAAGUCGUCUUCGCUGUCGAUAAGAAGUUGGAGGAAAAGGGCGGCUACUUUGCGCUGAGUGCGGAUCCGGAUGCUCUCUUCGACGCCGGCGAUGCAAAGUGCGCGAGAUGUACUUCGAAAUCGUGCGCCGGCGGGACCAAGUGUUCCGAGCAAUUAUCAGAAUGGAAGGGCCGCUUCGUCAAGGGUAGAUCGGCCAUAGUACCGUUGUCGCGUGUCCUCUCCUGCACGAACUAAUUGCACACAAUGGUGCAGUAACAUUGAUACCAUACAUCCCCGCGCGUCAAUGUUCCUGCGUUCGCCCGUCAAAACAUCCCCCCCUCCC